AUGCAGUUGGUCCAAAUAUGGACCAAUCAGGUUGUUAGUGGCAGAAAUAAUCACACAGUUAUCCGCAUAGAUCGUGCAAUGGAUUCUAAAACCUCGCUGUCUGCCUGGCGUUAUAUCCGUGCUCGACGCACGAACUUCGACCUGCCUGUUCGCAGAGUUCAUGAGUUUGACUGCUGGUGGGCUCCUAUGACCUUUGCAUCCUUUGCGGCUGUCGUAAGUCAGCGUACUGACUGGCCUGCCUCUCGUCGACCGGCGGACCAAUCAGCUUUUGCUGCCCACGAAGGACGGAAACGAGAAGAGGAGAUGCACAGAUUAGCGCAAGAAGCUAGACAAGCGGAAGAAGCGAAGCUGAUUCGAAUUAGAUCUGAAACUUCUACCCCGAGCACAAAGAGUAGGGCACGUCCUACACCACUGACUGCAGCCUCCUCCACUCGGGAGGUGUGGGCGCCAGAUGAAGAGGAGGACCUCCUCAUGAUCGAACCUGACAAGGAUUUCUUCCAAACCGAGAUUGAACCAGAAUCCACACAGUUGUCGUCAAAAGACGGGAGGCGGCGGUCUCGAGGAAGCAAAGUGCCACUUCCGAAGAAACCAAAAGUGGGAACUCCCUCUACUGUGGAAAAAAGCUCAGACGCUGGCAAGUCACCCAUUUUCACGAAGCACAAAACAGCAUUCAAACGGCGACAUGCGGGUGGGAAGGCCAAAGUUCCGCUUGAUCGGGCUAGUAAGGUUAUGACGGGCCAGGCACAGGCUGAGGCAGACGAAACGGAAACGCCUGUUGAAGAAGCUGCCGCCGAACAUGAGGAAGAGGAUGAAAUGUCCAUAAAAGAAUUGUCGCUAGAACUCAACACGGAGAGCUUCUCGGAGGAAUCAACGCACGCAGAAGGUUCAACUACAGCCCGCUUGUCCAGCACCGAAACCUCGAAAAGAGCCAGCGCGCCGGGAACCCCGGGCAGACCAAGAAUUAAACAUAUGUACCGCGUCUCGGUGAAGGAAGCCAAUCUCAGCGACGUUAUGAGCAACUCCACGACUUCCAUAGCCACCGAAGAUCUUGAGGAUAAGAUAAGACUCCUGGAGCAAAUUGUCGAGCAGAAGUGGUUCCCGGAGCCCGAUAUUGCUUUGGAGCCGAAUCGGAUCGCUGCAGUUUUGGCGGCAGAGUUAUGCCGCUUAAAGUAUUAUGAUCUGCCUUCAGCCGUUUAUCUGCUCGAUCUAUUGAAUAACGACUUGACGCAUGAGUGGCCCCUGGAGAAAGAUUAA